CCAGAGAUCGGAUAGCAAGCUUCCGGCGGUUCACUUGGUUUCAUGUUUCCUAGUAACAUAGCUCCUAUGAAGAGGCUUAACAUAGUAGCGUAAGGCAAGUGCUUCAUUACGGUUUGGGAUUCGUUUCUUGUAGAAGAUUUUUGUAGAGAGCUUCGGAUUGUUCUAGCUUUUUGGCUAUGGACGUCUCACUAAUUAAGUUAUUGCACGCUGGAUUGGCUGUUGUCUCUGAGUGUCUCCCCUCAUGUUCCAGAUACUACAUGUAACAACUAUGGUAAGACAGAAAUAAAAUUGGACCUGGCCCAUGUCACUUGUUACUGUGCAGGCCUAUUGUCAUUGGCCCAUUACUAUUACUGCUUUUGAUCAAUCCAGAGAUGGAAUGUUGAUGAGUCAUAGAGCUUUGUCUAUGCAUGGGAAAGGGAUGGGGAGUGUGAAUGUGCCAUGAGCUCCUGACAUUCUAGAGUGUUGGAUCUCCAUUGCCUAUGGAAGCAAGUAGUACACAAAGCUUCUGGAGAAUCUUGUCAUAGGGACUUUGAUAGCAGAACAUUUAUUGACUUAAAUGCCACCCACAAAGUUGGUCUAACCUCAGCAUGUGAACCUAUUCAACAACUUGAAGGAUGAAGAUACAGUGUGAAGUGUGUGAAAAAGCUGAAGCAGAAGUACUUUGCUGUUCAGAUGAAGCUGCUCUUUGCAAACCAUGUGACAUUACGGUUCAUGAAGGUAAUAAACUUUUCCAGAGGCAUCACCGAGUUCCUCUACAGAAAUCUGCAUCCACCACAUCAUCUGCAGCUCCUCUAUGUGAUAUCUGCAAGGAGAGAAAAGGGUACUUCUUCUGCUUAGAUGACAGAGCAUUGCUCUGUAAUGACUGUGAUGGAGCCAUUCACAUCUGCAAUUCCCACCAAAGGUUUCUACUUUCUGGAGUCCAAGCUUCGGAUCAGUCUUUGACUAAAAGCUCCGGAUGCAGCACUAGUCUUAGCUCUGAAACUUACCAGAUUCAGUCAAAAGCUUCUUUGGAUAGUCAACGAUCCAGUGAGGAGAAUGAAGCCGGAAACUCAGGUGAGACAGACAAGAGUCCUUCUGUCAUCUGAAGUCCUUAGAGAGACACAAAAUCAUGGAUGGUCCAUUCAUGCUUCUAGACUAAGUGACAAACUGUUUGAUGUUGAAGUAUAAUAAUAACAGUUUAUGUAAUGAAGUCUAUGUACAAAGAUAUAUAUGUUGUAUGCAUAUAUCAUUCCACUCAGAAGAGUUGGUUGAGGAAUCAUAUUGGUGUUUUAUCCUGGUAAAUAUAAACAUGAU